AUACAUAUUUAACACGCACACAAUUUUACUUACAUAGCUGUAUUAUGUAUUUGCUUCGUGUCCUUUAUCCACCAUCCAAUGUUUUUUGCGUAGGAAAAAAUAGUGAAUUAUUGAUUCAUAUUAUGAAUUGAUUGUGAACAAAUUAGUUGUUAAUGUUCUAUCAUUACACUCUUAAAAACAAUUCCCGUAAAAGUAUAGUAAUUUGUGAAGGCUUGACAGAACGUCAAGGAAUACAGUAGGCAGAAAAGAAAGCACUUUGUAAAAAUGUCUAGACCUUUUGUUUUCAAUGGUUAUAUAUAAAUUUGAUAGGAACAGGAGCACCGAAGAAAAAAUGAAAUACUAGAAGUAUAAAUUAUCAGCUGGACGUGAUUUAACUUAACCAAAAUGGACCCCUCAAUCUAUAUGCAAUACUCACCUCCCAAUGGACUACCUCAGGAAUCCAAAUUGGCCACAUAUAUGAAUCAUUCCGCCACCACUCCCACAAGAUCUUUGAACCAGUCUAUGGGUCAGCUCAGUUUGGAGUCUUCUCCACCUGCCAUGAGAAAGGUAUUUAUAAGUGAAUAUGUUCCCAUGAAUUACUUCACUUUACCACCACCUCCAACGAAUGUUUUACCUGAGUCUCCAGAAAACUCGCCACCUUCUACCAUGGUCCCUGUGCCCAAUAUGCAAGUACAUCAGAUAUUUUUAAGCGUCUAUGAUAAACAGGAGAAUGUUGGUGGUACAACAUACUUUUAUUCAACAAAUGAAGGCCUCAAUACUUCCGGAGCCCUGAAUUCUUCGGCUUCCUUGGCUAAUUCGGAAUCUUGCCGUGGAGGUAACCCAGGCCCGAGUGCAUCUUCAUCAUAUGCAUCACAAAUGUUCUGUAAUACCCCAACUCAUAUGGUGCCAGGCCCAAUGAUAUCUAAGCCUGGUCCGGAUCCGGGCCUUGGAGUUAGUGGUGGUCCGAGUCAAUCUUCCGGAUAUUCCUCCCAAAUGUUCUGCAGCACUCCAACUCAUAUGGGACCGAAUCUGAUGGUUCCCAAGCCUGUCGGGGCUGAAGCUUGUCGUGGCGCUGGUGCGGUGCCUAGCGCCUCAUCAUCCUACGCCUCCCAAAUGUUCUGUAGCACUCCCAGUCACAUGGUGCCAGGCCCGAUGAUUUCUAAGCCUGGUGCAGAACAGAUGAUGGGAGCUAGUGGAGGUCCGAGCCCAUCUUCGGGCUACCCAUCGCAAAUGUAUUGCAGCACUCCGACUCACAUGGGUCCAAGUCCCAUAAUACCCAAGUCCGGUCUUGCUGAGUCAUUCUACAUGCCAGAAACUAUUAAAGCGGAGACAUACCAGAGGAACAAAGAUAUAUUUCUGAUGCCCUAUCAAUAUAUAGAGUUACCAGAGAACGUGGAGAUGUAUUCGGAUUUGGUGCCAUUAGAGGGUGUUGGACCCCACUCGUUGACAUCAUCGUAUCGUGCUGCUCACCGUCAGAGCGGAGAGCAUAUAGCUCUGCGCCGUCUUCACGCGUACUCCGCUAUGCCCAGUCCUCGCCUUGAUCUCUGGAAGCAGUUGGACCAUCCCAAUGUUGUUAGACUCCAGGAGUGCUUCACUACUGUGGCCUUUGGAGAUAACUCAUUGGUGAUGGUGUAUGAUUAUCAUCCUGGUUGUGAGACACUCAUGAGCAAGUACAUACGUAACAAUGGCGCUGGAAACUCCUCUGACUCCAAUGGCACUUUACAUGAUCCAUUCUCUUCUGAUCCGGAUGCACCUCGUCCUUAUACUCACCAGAAAAACGCUAUGCUCCGUGCUUUGGCUUGUGGUGCAUUACUCCCGGAGGCGGUUCUGUGGAGUUUCCUCGUGCAGUUGACGGCCGCCUUGCGCGCCAUACACACUGCUGGACUCGCUUGCAGGACAUUGGAUCCAUCCAAGGUAGUGAUGAACGGAUGCAGAGUUCGCAUUUCCUGGUGCGGUACUGCUGAUGUCAUCGAACAUCACAAUUCCAUAGACAUCAUACAGGCCCAGCAGGAUGAUUUAGUAGCUUUGGGUCGGCUGGCCCUUGCUCUCGCGUGCCGCUCAAUGCAUUGCGAUAAUCUCGCCGCCUCCAUGGACCUUGUCUCCAGAACUUAUUCUGCUGAUCUGCAGAAUUUGAUAAUAUUCUUGUUGACGAAAUCUCCCGGCCGACGCACCGUAACUGAUCUCAUGCCGAUGAUAGGCGCCAGGUUUUAUACUCAGGUGGAAGCUUUGGAGCGUCGUGCCGAUGUUUUUGAAGAGCAAUUGGCACACGAAAUGGAUAACGGUCGCCUCUUGAGGAUCCUGAUCAAACUUGGUGUUGUUAAUGAACGUCCCGAAUUGAACAUGGACCCGGAGUGGUCAGAGACUGGUGGUCGGUACAUGCUGAAGUUGUUCCGUGACUAUGUAUUCCACUCGGUGACUGAGGAUGGAAGACCUUGGUUCGAUCAGGCUCAUCUGACGUACUGUCUCAACCAUCUUGACAGCGGUAGCAACACUAAGGUGGUGCUGAUGUCUCGUGAUGAGCAGAGUGUGUUCGUGGUGACAUAUGCUGAGCUGAAGCAUUGCUUGGAGCAGGCUGUUGAAGAGGUGCUGCAGUCGGCCUUCUUGUGACAAUUAACACCAGACUCAGUCGUACCAUUGGAUAUACAUUAAGCCAAAUAUCAUAAACAUAUGAUAACAAUCAAUACACGAUACAUAUAUCUUAUUUUAC